GACAUUCAACAGCCUCUUAUCUCGGGAUGCCCCCUGCUGAGGGAGGAGUGAUUGUGAUCUCUCAGGGAGAGAGAUAAGGGGAAAUUGCCCACUUGACACCAGACAACUGCCAUACAGAGGGUAAUAGAAUACACCUUGCCUUGCAAUCCAGAACAGGUGUGACCCAGUUGAUGGCACCCAAAAGUUUCUGUGCAUCAUUUAGAGUUUGGAUUUUGGUUGAAAAUGGAAUUGUUUCUGGUUGUACUAACUAGUCCAUUAUUUUGAGUCCCAAAUAUUUCUAGGGUGCUUGGUGCUGCACCUUCUCUGGUUCUAGCUGCAGCCCAAAUGGUUUUAAUGUUUGCAACAGGCUUGGCUGAAUCUGGGAGAGUUCCUCUUUUAUUUGGGUUGUAUCAGAAUGAAUCAUGCAAGACUCCAUUUUCUUCAUGCAGGAAAAAGCCCAUUCUUUAUUCACACAACUCAUUUUCAUGCAGUUUUCACAGACCUCGUGUCUGACUCCAAUUGCUCAGUAGCUUUCUUGCCAAUUACUUUAUUGGUUGGUAGAAGGUAUUUUACUUGUCCAUCAAAUCUCUCUAUUCUUAAAUUGUUUAGAUAUUUCUUCGCUGAUUCUCCUGGGGUAGAUCUACUGUUUAUGCAGGUGCCACUUUAUUUUCUCCCCAAGUAUAGACUGUUGUGUUAGCAGAUUCUCCUUCUCACUUGGGAACUUGGCUGGCUGCUUAGCUGCACUAAGAAGAAGUGAGAGGCUAGCUGGUAAUCUAGCAGAGCAAGGCCUGGUUUUAUGAGGCCUUUCUUUUAUAAUUCUUUUACCUGUCGGAGUAGGGCUGCAGUCCAAAUGUCAUCCAUGUGGUGAUAACAGCAUGCCCUGGGAGUUGCUCUCUCCCUGCUGAGAGUGCCUGUGCCGUGCAGCAGGGACAGAUUGCAGGGCUGUUUGUCAUGCCUCGGGGAAGAACUCGCCAUUGGUAAUAAUAAUGAUAAUAAUUGGUAAUAAUAACACGGCAUCGUUGCACUGGUGCCGUGUUAUUGACAGGAGGCACUGCAAAAGCAAACUUUGGGGUAUGGUCUGGCUGCAAUGGAAUAGUGAAAAAACAAUCCUUCAGGCCCACACUCAGGCCAGGCCACUACCCAGGCUCCAAUUGGGAGGGAAUUCCCUAAACACAUUUGAAAACAAGGCUCCUAAAAUAGCAGUUAUGAGUAAAGCCCUUGUGGUUAAAGACUAAUCAAAGCAUCCAGUAGUUGGAUCACUGUGGAGUUUCCAUCAGGAUAGAGAUGCUUCAAACACUGCAAACUGCUGGAGUGCUGCUGUAAUAAUAACUGGGCAAAAAUCACAAGACUAGCAGUUUGGAGAAGGCUUUCAACAAAGCUCUGCCUUUUGUUGGAACUCUGAAAAAUACUUAAAAUUAUGAGACAGCAUUGGGUCAGACCACUGAGCCAGUGCAGGGAGCCGCCAGAGAGCUCAGCUGAUCCAAGAGAUGCAUAAACAGCCAGAGAACAAAGACAAAGGAUCCUGAAACAACAUGUGUCCUUAAGAUAAUUGCACAAAGAGAUGUUAAAGCAUAGAGGAAGCUGGCUAUAAAUACACUAAUACCAUCUUAUAAAUAAUGCCUAUUAUUAAAUUGGAAAAUUCACACCAUGUAAUCAAUACAUCAGUGAUAACCCUCUCAGGAAGUUGAGGGAACACCUUUCUAAACUGUCAUAUACCUAUGACAGGAAAAUGAAACAAAGGGAAAUGCUAAAACAGCUUACAAUCAAUAACAGCCAUAAUGGAGAAUCAUCACUGACUCUUCUGUGUUACCUAUGGAAGACAAAACAGCAAUUGUAAUGAAGAUUGUAACAGGCAAUAGACUCUGACAAAAUCAAGGGUGAACACACUGUAUGUUCUUUAGCCAGAAACAGGUGUUUAUCAGUGUUUCAUCACAGCUGUUUUAGUUGGAUUUGUCUUUCCUCUUCAAAGAAAACAACUCUCCAUCUUACAAUGUAGAAAAUAUUUAACUGCCUUAGACUGCAAUGCAAGAUGUAACCACAAGCAUGUGUUCUGUCACCAUCUGUUAAAACCAGGUGGGGCACUUUGCCUUAUCUCUUCCACAACUAAUCCUCCCUCCAGGGAGAUAAUCUUCCGUUAAUGGGCCAUUGAGUGUCACUGCCUGACUGAUAAAAUUCCAUCCUGCCAUUGUGAGAUGCUCUGCCCAGGGGGAGGAGCCAAGCAUUCCUGCCUGGAUAUAAUCUGGCCCUUCAAACACCACAGGCAGUCUUCUCCCACAGGAUUGCCAGAGGAAGACCAGACUCUUCUACCUCACCCCUGGACCUUCAGAGGAAAACUCCCCGAUUCUCCAGGAUCCUGCUCCAGCAGAACCACAGCUGGCACUGCACGAGGGCUGAGCCACCAUUUAACGGGACUGCUGCCACCACCCUGAGCCACAGGGGUCAGGUUGUAUUCUGACUGUGUCUGCUGCAGCAGUAAAAUUGUUUUUGUGAGCUAUUCAUUUCUAAACUUUGCAGAACUGAUGCAGAUAAAAUUCAAAGUUACAGGACUUAGUUAAGACCUUAAAACUAAUUGCUGCAAAUAAUCUUGGGAGAAGCGGAGAGCUGCGGGCUGGGCGUGAGGCAGAGCGGACGGCGAUCGUGGUCAGGAUGGCCCUCACCAGUUUUUUGCCAGCUCCAACCCAGCUGUCCCAAGAUCUGCUGGAGCUAGAAGCAAGAGCAGGAGCUCAGGGAUCCAGGCAGACUGCUCUGGUCUCCUCACAAAGGGAACCUCCCCCCUAUGGUUACCGGAAAGGAUGGAUACCAAGGGCGCUAGAGGAUUUUGGAGAUGGGGGUGCCUUCCCAGAAAUUCAUGUGGCCCAAUAUCCAUUGGAUAUGGGCCAAAAGAAGAAAAUUUCCAAUGCUUUGGCUCUUCAGGUGGAUGCAGAAGGAAGAAUAAAAUACGAUGCAAUUGCUCGACAAGGACAGGCAAAGGACAAGGUUAUUUACAGCAAGUACACAGAUCUUGUGCCAAAAGAGGUCAUGAAUGUGGAUGGUCCUGGACUGCAAAGACCAGAUGAGAAGGCAGUUAGAGAGAUAACCAAGAAGACAAGAGCAGCCUUGGAGAAAUUAGUCUCCCAAAAAGUUGCAGCAGCCCUGCCGGCUGGAGCUGCUGAGAAGGCAGCUCCUGCACAGUACAUUCGGUACACGCCAUCCCAGCAAGGAGCUGCAUUCAACUCUGGAGCAAGGCAGAGAGUUAUUCGGGUGGUGGAAAUGCAGAAGGACCCUCUGGAGCCUCCAAGAUUCAAAAGCAACAGGAAGAUUCCACGAGGACCACCGUCUCCUCCAGCACCUGUCUUGCACUCUCCAAGUAGAAAGCUGACUGUGAAAGAGCAGCAAGAGUGGAAAAUUCCUCCGUGCAUUUCAAACUGGAAAAAUGGAAAGGGUUACACCGUUCCCUUGGAUAAGCGUCUGGCUGCAGACGGCAGAGGAUUGCAGACCGUUCAUAUUAAUGAAAACUUUGCCAAGCUUGCUGAGGCACUCUAUAUUGCUGACAGAAAGGCUCGUGAGGCAGUAGAGAUGCGUGCCCAGGUGGAGAGGAAGAUGGCUCAGAAAGAAAAGGAGAAACAGGAGGAAAAGCUCCGAGAAAUGGCCCAGAAAGCCAGGGAGAGGAGAGCAGGGAUCAAAAGCCGUGUUGAACAAGAGGAUGGAGACGCUGGAGCAAGAGACGAAAUCAGACGUGACCGGCGCAAAGAGAGACAGCACGACAGAAAUCUUUCCCGGGCAGCCCCUGAUAAAAGGUCAAAGCUGCAAAGAAAUGAGACCAGAGACAUCAGUGAAGUUAUUGCCCUGGGGGUGCCCGGCCGCAGGCCAUCCAAUGAAAUCCAGUAUGACCAGAGGCUGUUCAACCAGAGCAAGGGUAUGGACAGUGGCUUUGCUGGAGGAGAGGAUGAAAUUUAUAAUGUUUAUGACCAGCCAUGGAGAAGUGGCAAGGAUCUGGCCCAAAACAUCUACAGGCCAAGUAAAAAUAUGGAUAAGGACAUGUAUGGAGAUGAUCUAGAGGCUCGAAUAAAGACCAACAGGUUUGUUCCUGACAAAGACUUCUCUAACUUGGAUCAUAACAGCAGAGGCAGGAGCAGAGAUGGACCAGUUCAAUUUGAGGAGGAUCCAUUUGGUUUGGACAAGUUUCUGGAAGAAGCUAAGCAACACGGUGGUUCCAAACGGCCACCAGACAGCAGCUGCCCUAAGGAGCACGAGCUUCCGAGCAAAAAGAGGAGGAAGGACUGAAUGUGCUCCUUGAGAGGUAGGGAAAUGGACUAAAAACCCAGACUUCAUCAAAAAGGAUUUUUAAUAUGGGGUGUGCAGGAGGAUGGUGUUGUAACACAGCAGUUCCCAACUCUAGCAUGCACACACUAAUUCUUCUACACAGGACAGCUAGCCAGGGAGAGAGAAGACAUGGAGACCACUUGGAAACAUUUCAUAAGGGAAUUAAUUCUUCUUUAGCAAGGUCUCUGACUUUGCUGAUUCCCCAUUGCCCAGCGUCUAAGGGUAAGAAUGUAGCCCCCUUCCUACAGCUUUAGUUUUUGCAGGUAGCUAAAUCUUGAGCUGUUAAAAGCCUUCCAGCUGUAUAUAAUGAUUGUGUCAUGCUGUAACAAAUGCUGGGGUGUUCAUGUUUCAGUGGUUUAGUGUGGUUAUGGAGUUUCAUUGAACAAGGGAGGGGAAACAGCUGGAUUCUGUAUUAAAACAAGCACUCAUUCAUAGUCUCUCAGUAAUCCUUGCUUUAGUUUGUUUACAUUUAGUGAAAUAAAGCCUCCUUCUGUGGUAGCAGCUCCCUGGUCAGAGAGAGACAAGCUAGAUACCUUUUCCCAGAAUCAGCCCGGGAAGGUUUAGGGAGCUGGAGAGAAAGAAUUCUAAACAAUUCUGGUCUUGCUGCACCUGAUGUUGUGCACAUGUGGAAUGUGUUCUGGAGAUUUGUUUACAAAGGGUGGUUUCUUAAUUAGUCAAUGGUGAUGGUGUUUUAAUUAAAGGACCAGUUAGAGGUCCAUCUGUAAUGAAGUAGGGUAUAAAAAGCAUGGGUUUCUUAAUAAAGAAGUUUAUUAACCUUCUGUGAAUA